GCAACUUUCCCGAGCGUCUAUCAAUUGACUCCGAGUCCCCCACUGCCAGUAACUCGGAUCCUGGGACGAUAUGUUAUGCAUGCAAAUCUUUGUUGCUGGUAGUGGCAGGUUAGGAUAGGGAUUGGCAUUGUUGUAGUGGGAGUUUUAUCCCGGCUGCUCGCAAUGCAGCAAGCUCCCAUACGGCUCUCUCAGACAAUAUGGGCCGUGUUUCGAGCUUCGAAGCCUGCUUCCAAAGAAUGUCUCUCACGUCCAUACCAACGGCAGUUCUCCUCGGUUGUCCGACAAUCAUCCUCACAGCCAUGGGCCAGACAGACGUCCAGAAUAGCUCUUCAAGCUCGAUUUUAUAGCGAGAGCAAGUCGGAUAUCGAGAAAAAGGUGGAAGAUGCAAAGAGCCGGAUUGAUGAGAGCUUGGAAGCGCGGGCGGAUACAGCGGCGACGGAGGAAACACUCAAACACCCUGAACAUGAGACCAUUGUCCAUACGAUCCCCGAGUCGUCUUCUAUUGUUCACACGUCCAAUGCUACUGCUGGACAAAAGGAACAGCACCGAGCACAGUCGCAAUUCCAAUCGCAGUCACAGUCACAAACAAAAGCCGAGCCACCGUUUUCUUCCUGGAGAGAGAAACUCCCCUCCGAUCUCUCCGCGCGGUACUCCCAUCUGCGGACUCGGUUCACGCAUUUCAUGGACAAUUUCCAGACCCACAUUUUUACCGCGUCGAGAAGAUUGAAUGAUCUUACCGGAUACUCUGGAAUAGAAGCGCUCAAGAAUGAAAUUGAGCGGCAGGAAGCUGUGGUACAGGAAUGUCGACAAGCCGUCAAGCAGGCCCGGGAGAAAUAUACCCAAGCCAUAGCCACACGAAGCACUACUCAACGCGAGGUCAACGACCUCUUACACCGCAAACACACCUGGUCACCUACCGAUCUCGAGCGCUUCACGAGCCUUUACCGGUCUGACCAUGCGAACGAGCAAGCUGAAGCCGCGGCCGCCAAAGAAGUCGCCGACGCCGAGGCAAGGUAUGAAGAGGCCUCGACCAGACUGGCACGAGCCAUCCUUGCCCGGUACCACGAGGAGCAGAUCUGGAGCGACAAGAUCCGGCAGAUGUCGACAUGGGGCACUUGGGGUCUGAUGGGGCUGAACGUGUUGUUGUUUGUGGUCUUUCAAAUCGCCAUUGAACCCUGGCGCCGGAAAAGGCUGGUCAAGGGAUUCGAGGAAAAGGUCGAGCUAGCUUUGAAAGAGACCAUUGAUGAGAUCAACGCUGGACAGGUGGUGCAAGCCGUCCCAUUGGCGGCGGCUGCGGCCCAACCGACCCAGGCAGCCGUGCAACCUAACGAAAAAGCUGCCGUUGCAGCUCUGUCGCCUGGCGAGAAAGUCGAGGCCGUCGCCGACAAGAUUGCCGAACAGAUUGUCGACGCUGUUUCGGGUGCCAGCGACACUUCCCCAACGGAGGAAGUGGCUUCUCCUCCACUUGCAGCAUCAACAUCAACAGAAUCGACGACCGCGACAGCAACAGACACUAUGAAACCCACAUCGUCUCUCCCAUCAGAUUCCCUCGUCGAAGCCGCCGCAGAGCAGCUCACCACCGAGGAACUCGCGGCCGAAGAAGUCCAGCAAGAAUCUCCCGCCGAGACUACUAAUACCAUUCCGCAAGAACCACUGUUGUCUCCCACUCCUCUCUCCGGAACGUCGCGCUGGGUCCCGCCUACAUCCCCGCUCGCGUGGUAUGAAGACAGACUAAAAGCACUCUUCAGCGAUGAACAUCUCCUCACCCUCACGCAGCGACAGCUGACCACGAUUGCCAUGGAAGGUGUGGCUGGUGGCAUGGCGCUAAUGGGCCUGUUGUUUGUGAUUUUCAAGCCUAAAUGAAAUGAAAAUUACUGCAGAUAUACCGUGUAGAAAAGAACCUUUGCAAAAGGAAUUCAAUCGACAAUCGAGAUGUAUAUAGUGUUUUCAUGACCAGGUCAGCCAAGCAUGUAAAGAAAGACUGUGCAAUGUACGUGGAUUGUAUAAUAUUGGAUGCAUAUGCACACCCCUUGGUGUACUACUAGUAGGUAGUAUAUAAAUCUAUCAAUACCUUGUAUUUGAGCUCAUCCAUGGAUACUCGGAC